AUGUCUAAAGUUGUUAUCUGCGGUGGGGCGCGCAGCCCCAUUGGUUCUGUUGCCGGUGAACUGGCGGAUUUUCUUCCACGGCAGCUGAUUACCCAAAUUGCCAAGGCGGCGCUGGUAAAAUCCAAAUGUAACCCAAAACUUAUUGAGUAUAUGACUGUUGGUCGCGUUCUAAUGGAUGGGCGCACACCAAACAUAGCCCGGAUGGUCUGUGAAGAUGUCGGCGCUCCCAUCACUUCGGGAGGAACAAUGCUGCACGAAAACUGCGCAUCCGGUGGGGCGGCCAUUCAUGACGUGGCUCGCCGUAUCCUUUUGGGGGAAAUUUCUGUAGGAAUGGCCGGCGGUGUGGAGAGUAUGUCAAACACCCCCCGCUACUUGUAUACGUGUCGCACUAAAAACAAACUUUACGGUGAUCUCACUCUCGUGGAUGGCCUCAUGGAGGCACUCACGGACUGCAACGUUGGUAAUGGGGGGGAACUUAUGGGACUCUUGACAGAACGUCUCGUGGAGAAGUAUGGCGUUUCAAGGGAGUUGCAGGAUGAAAUUGCCUUUCGUUCUCAUGCAAACGCGACAGCUACCUGGAAAAAAGGUAUGUUUGACUACGUUACACCUGUGGACGUCUUUGAUCGAAAAGGUGUUCGGAGGGUCGAGAAGGAUGAGGGACCCAAAAAACUUGACAUGGCUCAUUUCACAAAACAGAAGCCAUACUUUAAACCAGAAGGUGGAACGAUUACUGUUGCCAAUUCAAGCACCAUGAACGAUGGGGCAGCAGUCGUUGUCUUGGCGUCGGAAGUGAGGGCAAAGGAGUUGGGUCUUCCCGUAUUGGCCGAACUGCGCGCAUACGGCAAUAUUGGGGUACCAAAGGAACUUAUGGGCGAGGGAGCCUUCAAAAUACUUCCGAAACUUAUGGAUCGAGCCGGGAUGAAACUCGCCGAUGUUGACUACUUUGAGAUGAAUGAAGCCUUUGCGGCCGUGGUAGGUGCCGGAAUGAAGGAGUUUCCAGAGUUAAAUGUAGAGCGGCUGAAUCAGUGGGGCAGUGGAGUUUCCCUUGGUCAUCCCCUCGGCUGCACAGGAGUGCGGCAGGUGGUGGACAUGGUCUACCAGCUUCGUAAGCGUGGAAAAAGUGUUGGUGUCACAUCCCGUUGUGUUGGCGGAGGAAUGGGAAGUGGUGAAGUGCUCGUUCUAAGCUCGUAA